GCGUGUGUGCAGAGGGCAAGCAUCUCGACCGUGUGCGUCCCGGUCCUCUCGGUGGAAACCCAGCAUAAAUUCCGAACUGCCACAGGACAACUAAAGAAGCGGGAAGGAGAAAAAACACAGAAAUAAGGAAAACCUUUUGCCGGCAGUGUGAUCUAGAGUAGUGUACUGUGUAAGUGCCGCGUUGACCAUACUCGUCGGUUAGGAACUAGUGAAACCCGGCGAAGAAGAAACACUGUGGAAGAAGGGAGCGAGAAGAAGCGAACCUGAACCUUGAUGCCUCACUCGACCAUGAAAAAGCGAUUUGAUCGGCUGCGCAGACCAAGCAAGAAAGAAAUGGCCGAAGGUAAUGGUGAGGUUGUAGAAGAGAUGGCAAAUCAAAAAUCUGGCGAGGGUGGCGACGGCGAACGAACGCAAGACUACUCAAAGCUACUGGAAUAUGGAUUAAACCUCAGUGUUGCCAGUCGGUUGGACGCCAUCUACAAAACGGGCAAGCUAGCCCACUCGGAACUAGACGAGAGGGCGCUGGAUGCGCUGAAAGAAUUCCAUGUAGAAGGUGCCUUGGACGUACUGGACCAGUUCCUAGACUCUAACCUCGAACAUGUGUCGAACAAAUCGGCGUUCCUCUGCGGUGUCAUGAAAACGUACAGACAAAAAGUUCGGGCCACACAACAAGGACAACCGGCACCUGCAGUCACAGUACAAGCGAAAGGGCCCGAUGAGGAAAAAAUUAAAGCAAUUCUAGAGCGAACAGGAUACACAUUGGACGUCACCACAGGGCAACGCAAAUACGGUGGACCGCCACCGAACUGGACGGGCAACACGCCCGGGAACGGUUGCGAAGUGUUCUGUGGCAAAAUACCAAAAGAUAUGUACGAGGACGAGCUGAUCCCGCUGUUCGAAAAGUGUGGCAAAAUAUGGGACCUGCGGCUAAUGAUGGACCCGAUGACCGGCACCAACCGGGGUUACGCCUUCGUUACCUUCACCUCACGGGACGCGGCCUCGAACGCCGUGCGGGAGCUGAAUGAUUAUGAAAUUCGGAAUGGCAAAAAGAUUGGUGUCACGAUAUCGUUUAACAAUCACCGACUGUUUGUCGGCAAUAUUCCUAAGAAUAGAGAUCGCGAUGAGUUGUUAGAGGAAUUUGCGAAACAUGCACCGGGACUUGUGGAGGUAAUUAUUUAUAGCUCACCAGACGACAAGAAAAAGAACCGAGGCUUCUGCUUCCUCGAGUACGAAUCACACAAGGCAGCCUCACUGGCGAAGCGGCGACUAGGCACCGGACGGAUAAAGGUAUGGAAUUGUGAUAUAAUAGUAGACUGGGCCGAUCCACAGGAGGAACCGGACGAACAAACGAUGAGCAAGGUCAAAGUAUUAUACGUACGAAACCUAACACAAGACACGAGCGAAGAUAAACUGAAGGAAAGUUUCGAACAGUUCGGCCGUGUGGAGCGAGUGAAGAAGAUUAAAGACUACGCAUUUGUUCACUUCGAGGAUCGCGACAAUGCCGUGAAAGCAAUGAAGGAUCUGGAUGGCAAAGAGAUCGGUGGAUCUAACAUAGAAGUAUCGCUAGCUAAACCCCCGUCCGACAAAAAGAAGAAGGAAGAAAUACUACGAGCUCGCGAAAGGCGCAUGACGCAGUUUUUGCAGACUAGAAUAGGAUUGGUGAAUACGGUUCCAUCGUUUCCCAGUAUGUCGCCGCAGCAUGCCGGUAUGAUGCCCGGUGCGAUGCCACCGAUGCGAGUGCCUAGCGGACCGGGAGGUCCACGUGCUCCGAUGCGGGGUGGCCCAAUGGGCGGCCGGGGCGAGUACGGAGGAUGGUCAUGGACGUGGAACCAUGGCACAUGGCCGAAUCGUUGGGCACCUUGGCAACAGCAGCCACCGGGCGGCCCCACCGGAUCGGCCAGUGGGCACCGCGGGGGUUCAGGAACAAAUCGCGGGGGAGGUGGUGGCCCUUGGGCUGGGUCAAACUCGUCCCAGCGUGCAUGGCACCCUGCGCGUCAAACCAAAUAUACCAGCAAUCGGUAAGCGCAAAUUCGAAGGAGGUCCUCACAAUCAAGGGGACAUAAAGCGACGCUAUGGAGCAUUAGCAAAUUUUGGUAAUAACUGGGGCAGCCAACCAUUGCCCCAGCAGCCACUGGGGGCAAACGGUGGAGAACAGUGGUACACCGAUACCUACUCGGCGUGGAGCUAAACGUACUAAAAAUUAACCCCAAAACCCCCCAUUUUCCCAAUCGUCAACACUCGUCGUCAACACAACUCAUACAACAUUAAAAAAACGAAAGAAUAUAAAAACGCCCACCAACAUAAUCUACUGGUAAAAAUCGCUACCGCUCAGCAAUAAAACGGCGACACCACGGCAAACUGUAUGUGAUGCGCUUUGUUUCUGUGCGAAGUUGUUGGACGCCGGUGUCCAACGCGGGGAAGCGUGUUUAGUGUUAGUUAUGAUUGUACUCGACACCAAAUUCUACUCUUUUACCCCGUAAACACCCGUAUUGAUUGAAGCAUACAUAUGAUUCAAAAUUUUCGUUUAAGGAGAGCGAGAAUCAGAGAGAAAGUGGGACUUUGAUGAAGAGAUUAAAGAAAAGCCACAAAGCAAAAGGAUACAAAACAACAAAUGUGCGACAAAUACAUUUUAGGGGAAGAUGAGAGCGUGUCGUGGCGAGAGGAACAUUUCGAAAUUAAGAGAAAACACAACAAACAAAACUGACUGAUUUUAUUUGUCGCACUAUUCUAAAGGAACAACUUUACUCUCAGACUAAAGAAAUUGUUUAACGCACUUGGAAAUCGUAAUACUAGUAGUAUAGGGUACCAUUUCAUAAAACAAUUAGUGUCGAACAGACAGCGCAAAGGAAGGGAGAGUCUUUUUUGUAACGAAGCGAAAAUGAAUCAGUGCUAAAAUUUAAAAAAAAUCUAAACGAAACUCGAAGACAGGGAAAAUCGUUGUGGACUUGAACGGAACAGGAAUGUUUGUUUGUGGUAUGCGGGUACAAUAAGAGAGAGAGGGUGUAUACAGAAGCCGUUUUUGGGUUGGCGCUACCAUCGAACGUAGAACGAAUUUGACGUACGCUGAGUGUUUUCUUGUUUUUGUACCGUUUGUAUCAAAAUUUAAACCCGUUUACUCUGCUACAUAUUUAUGUAUUCUCCGCGCUGAGUGGGUUUAAGAGGAUGGCCACGACACUAACAACAGGGAACGUGCGCCAGAAAGAACCAGAAAAGAACAGGUGUAGGAAUAUGCAAAACAAAAAUGAAAUCGAGAUCUCCACCGUUUUACAAAAAUCAAUAAUUGCAACAACAAAAUCAUAGAUAUGUAGGCGACGCAUAAGAAAGUGAACAUAUAAUUGCCCCCCCGAAUGGCAUAAUUACCAAUAAUUUCUAAUUGCUUGUGUGUAAGUGGAAGAACGUAAGGGAGGCAGAGAGGAGAAGAGAGGAAGCGAGAGAGAGAACGAGAGGUAGAGCAGUGGCCGGCCACGGAGAAGGUGUGCGUGUUUUGUAGCAAAUGGUGGCGCGGCAUGAUGUGCAGCCAGUGUAAAAUGGAUGUGUUAAAUAAGCGUGAUUAAGAUUAUUUUUCUCGAUUUAUUUCCAUUUUUAAUUUCGGACUAGUGUUUUUGUUUAUUGUUUUUGGAUUCCGUGUAGUUAGUGGGACAGGGAAAGUGGAAAGUAAAGUAACAACAACGGCAAAAGCAACAGAAGAAGAAGAAGUAACAAAAAAUCAGAAAACACACACACACUUACACAGGAAAAAUAACAACAGCAACGACAACAACAACAAAAAAUUUAAAAGCAAAAAACGCAAAACUCUUAUCGUGAUAGUAAAGUGUGAAAGGUCGAGCAUAUUCGAUUGGUGAAUUUUUUUUUGUAAUAAUGUUUCGUUAGUAAAAAAUCGUGAAGAAAACAAAAAGAGAAGAAAGUUUAUUUUUGAGGUUAUGUGUUUGAAUUGUUGUGUUUUGUUCUUGUUCUUGUUCCUCCGGUUUAAUUUUGAGACGCAAAAAACAGAAACGAGGCGCAAAACCAAUGUUCAGCGAUGUUUGCAUUAUAACUGACAAGUGUGUAUAUAGAAAGCGAACGCUAAAAUCGAAUCAAAGUGUGAAGAAGAAGAAGAAGGAACAGAGAGAGAAAGAGAGAGAGAGAAGGAGCAAAGUUAUCCGAUUGAUAAAAGAACAGAAAGGAAAACGUGUGCGAAAUCGUUGACGAUGAGAACACAUUACAACACCCAGUUUUUGUUUUAAAAAAUCGUUUUUUUGUUUGUUUUGUUCUUUCGAAGAAAUAUUUAUGUGUUGUUUGUGUAUUGUACAUUCAGGCCGAUUCGAGGAGGUGGAGGAGGGCAAAAAAAAAAACAGAGAAAAAAGUGAAACUGACCAUAAAUCUGUGGCGUGUGUGAUAUAUUCGGAAGAAAAAGAGUCGAAAAAAAUUAGUAAACAGAAGAAAGGCGAAGGAAGAAAGGAUGACAAGCAAACGCAAGAAGAGAGGAGCAAGCAAAAUAAAAAACCAGUCACGGUAAAAAAGUGUAAAUUAAUAUGCUAAAAAGAAAAACCCAUAGUGAGGGUAUAAAGUUGAUUCUAGGCUUAUUUUUUGGUUGUAUAAGUUUAAACGUAAUUGAAGCGUAAAGCGGUACAAGCGCUCUGCCCCAGUGUAGUAAACAAGGAAUGAAGAGAAGAGAUAGAGGGAGAGAAGAAAAAAGCAGUUCAGCAAAUAGUGUUCAAAUUUAUUAAGAAGAAGAAAAAGGGGAAAAUUUACAAUUAAAAAAAGUGAUUAAAAUUUGUAAUGUGCUUUGUGCGUUACGCAGCGAGAGAGGGAGAGAGAGCAAGUAUUAUUCGGAAGCUAAAAAACGUAACUCUAUACCGGACGUGAAUAAUUGGAAAAACUGCUGAAAAACAAUUAUGGCAACAUUUUGUCUGCGUGCGUGCGUGUGUGUGUGUGAAUUUUUGUUACGUUUUUCUUAAGGUGCUAUAACCACCAACGAACGCCCUUCUAGCACUAAGUGUGGGAUGGCCGGUGACGCGAUAUAAAAAUUAUUGACGCAAAAUUAAGGAAAAAAGAAAACUUCCCGUGUUCAUUAGGAUGAUUAGGAUGAUCAAAAUUGUAAGGUUAAAAAAUAGUAUUUUUCUUUAUUUGAAAACACACACACACGCACAGCUGCCGCAGUUUCGGUAGAUGAUCAAAAUUCCUGAGCUAAAGCAAAAAGCAGAACGAAUGGGGAAAAAAAGUGAUAGUGUUUGAUAAAAGAAAAAUACUCUUCAUAGACGAGUAGAGCAGUGCAAAAAACAGUGAACGAAAGAACGAAAACAAUUAAACAAGCAAGCAAACGCGAAAGAAGAAAAGUAAGAGAGUAUACAUGAAGACAAUAUAUAAAAAAACACACACACACAAAACAGGUGGUGUAAAAUGGAAUGAAAAAGAACAUAAGUAAACGAAGCAGCACAUCGUAAAGGGAUAACAAUGGAUAACUGGAAGCGAGAGCGAGAAAGAGAGAGAGAGUGUAGGAGCUAUAAAAGCUUUGAGUUUUUUUUUCUUUUGUCUUUUUUUUUUGUUAGGAGGAAUAAUGUUUUUUGCAAUACACAAGUGAAUAACGCAAAGUGAAACGAACAUUAAAAAUUUAUUAUUAUAUAUACACACGCAUCGUACACACACAACUGCAACUAAUGCAAACCGAGCAGGAAUGGAAAAUAAGAAAUGUAUGUAACCACACGAGAGAGAGAGAGAGAGAGAGAGAGAGAGAGAGAGAGAGAGAGAGCGAGGAUGAGCAGGAACAGAGAACCACCAUCAACACCAUUUAGGAAGAGUGUCCCAUAGCGUCGGGAAUGCUAAUGCUGCUGCUGCUGCUGCUGCUACUGCUACUGCUGUUGCUACUAUUGCUGCAACAUAGAAAGGCUAAACAAAAACACUCACACACUGUUAGUUUUACGCAACACUGUCCCCAACAAAUGAGAAUUAUCUUCUCUUUCCGAACAUUUUUUUUUUAAAUAUGUUUCUUCAUAACACCCUGUUACUUCUAUACCUACCAUUUUAAAAUAGUAGUGGCAAGAAUUUCUAGCCACUAGAAGCAAGCGAAACCGUAAUGGGCGUGGGCUUGAGAACGGAUGGAUGGAUUACAGUAAACAAACGGAAAACGGGGGGAACCUCUCCCGAACCUUAUCGACGCAUUAGCAAACACAAACACACACGCGCGUAGCUUUUUAAAAUCUAUUGCCGCUUAAAAAUACGAGAAAAAAAAUCUACCUUUCAAUAGUAACACCAAACAAACGAACAAAACCUCCUCCAUAUUAAGAAACAAACACACAGACACAGACACAACAAUAAUAAAAAAAUAGAGAGCGAUUGCACAAUAGUAAAAUAGGGAAACAUAAAAGCAAUACCCUUAUCAUCUUCAGUUUGAUUACUAUUUUAUUGCUCACUUAUCCGCUCGGUUUUUGUUUGUUUUUUUUUUCACCAUUUAAGCGUUAUUGUUUUCUGUUUAUUUUUUUACAUUUUUCAAACCAAUUUUAAUCGUUUCCCGUUUAUUUCAACACAUUUACCCAAGUAUGUGUCUCACUUUCAGCAUUAAGAAAUACUACUCAAUUCAAUUUCGUAUAUUUUAAUUAAAAAGCAAACCCAGUUUACCAUUCACUUAUGUUUUCUACCCAAUAAGAACGAAACGCUACUAAAACUAAAAUGUAAAACAAGAAGCUAAACUAAACACUUGUAAUCAAUAAAAGUUUUGAAUCGACAAACAUUAGCGUCUUUCCUAGGAAAACAAACACAGUUUAAUAUAAAAGAAAAACUAAAUCUAACUUUUUAACACCCGACAUCAUCCAAACUCAAACCGUAACACAUUAGAGAUAAAGGGCGCAUAAUGAUGCAUACUGGUUCUUUAGCGUAAGGCGGUCUGUCUGUGUAAAGUGAUACCUAGAAGUGACGGAGAACACGGAAGGCAGUAGAACCUCUUUUGCCGAACAGCACAAGCGUAAUUCGGUUGUGUUUUUCCGUUUUCCCAUUUGCUAAACUUAGUCGUUACGGGGGGUGUUGGUAUGAGAGGAUGUGCGAGGAAAGGAUGUUUUGGGAAGGAGCCGGGGGGAGAGUACGGGGACGAAGUUCUAAUAUAUGUGGUGCCCAAUAAUUGCGAGCUGCCUUAUAAAAGCAAAGCGGGAGAAAAGACUGAUUGAAAUAUUAAACAAACCACACACACACACACAAUGCUGUAUGUGGAUCCUGGCUCCGUGGAAGCAAACGGCGAUGUAUGCUUCCAGCCCGAGAAGUAGGGUAAGGACACUGCUGCUUCUACCUUUGAUCCGGUAGUAUACGGGAGGUAGGAGCAGGGCAGUAUAGGAGGAGAAAGCGGAAGUAGAAGAAGCUACAAUUUGAGUGAGGGUGAACGUUUUAAAAAGUCGUUCGUGUUUUUUUCCUUAGGCUAAGCGUUCGUUCAUAUCGAGAGCUUAUAAUAAAAUGGAAGGUUACGGUCCCAAAAUCAGCUAUCACAUUAUAUUCAUCAUAUACUAAAAUACUACCAGAAAAAAAUGACUCAGAAACACAUACACACACUACUAAAACUUCGAUACGAUCUUGAAACAUUUUAAUAACCACUUCACCCAUUUAUCAGAGCUUACAGUAGUGCAAGGAUCUCUUUUUUACAUCAAGAAACUCAACACAAUUACCAACACACAAAAAAAACAAAUUCAGGCUCAAACAUUACACUCUUCUGGCGAUCGAUCUUUCACAAGGCUUAACCCUAACUCCAUCAUGCAAGCUGUGGAACAACGCGAGAUAGAUGAUAGACGAGAGAAGCAAAAAAAGCUAUGAGAGCAACUCGAUAGGAAACGAUUGAUAAAUUAUGCAAUAUUUGAAGUUUUUUUUUAUUAUUUUAUGUUAUUACUAUUAUUGUAUUGUUAUCGCAACACAAAACUUCGAUACACGGCGAUAGGGUGGUUAGGAUAGAGGAUAGAGCAAGGUAGAAGAGCACACCUAGCAAGAUCAUCUGCUGCUAUGCUAUGCCUAUCCAAGGGUUAAUUGGAACGCAAUCCAUUCACUCCCGCAAACAGAUGCCGUUCAAUGGCUGUCUUGGCAAUUCAAAUUUGGAUUUUGCUUAAAAAAAAGGUUCAAAAACAAAUAAGUCCUCCUUCAUAUACUACAAUAUGUAUGAAAACCCCUUAUUUUUUCUUCGAGUUUUUUGUUAGUAUCAAAAUAGUUUAAUAUUUGCCGAAUGUUUGUUGCUCUAUUGCCCCAUUGUUUUAAUGACCUUUUGUGUGUAACAGGAAGGGAAAGCUUUCUUAAAGGCUUUAUUUUAAUUUUUCCUCCUCCUCACGUGCUCUCGCAGGCCACCGUGUCAAUUCAUUACAAUUCGUUAUUUGUUUCCUUUACACAUCUUCAUUACUGUAUGAAUUUGUUAGCGUUUUUUUCUUUUUUGUUUGCUUUUUUGUUACAAAACACUUCCAUGUUGAUUAUUCUUAUUCUUCAACUUUUUUCCUUUUUUGUUUUUUUUUUUUUGUUUCAUUUUCCUUCUAUGAAAUGUUUGGUUUCUUGCAGCUUUGGUUAGGAAAAUUUCCCUUCCAACAAUCUUUUUUCCUUUUUUCUGUUUAAACAAAACAAAUAAAUAUUAAAGUGCUAAACCGGCGUAAACAUUACGUACAUUCAAGAGUAAGCAAAACAGCUGCUUUAUAAUCACAUAGAAUUUAAAUAAUUGAGUGUUACACAUUUGCUAUAACUAUUAUCAUUAAACGGUCAAGCAGUAGGCAAAUUUAAAACUCAAUUUUGGACUCAAACCCUUCCCGCUACGUUUGCCAGUUACAGAUUUCGAUUAUAUUAAUUAUGGGGAGAAAAAAAAUCCCCCCAGGGCAAAAGUAUAACGAAUACUCCACAUGUUUAUUCAAUUUGCUACAUACAUAUUAACAUAGUUCUUUCUUUUUUUGAGUGUGUGUAUUUUAUAUCAUACUUUCCAACCUUGCGAUACUGCGUGAGUGCGUAUCGUGAUUAUUCAUUCGUUUUUUUUUUUUAAUUUGUCUUAGAUAAAACUUACAACCCUAUAUAAUAUAUACAAAUAUAUGAUCGUUGAUUUUGUUUUUUUCUCACUUUUAUAUAAGAAUAUACUAGCUCGUUGCAGCAGCUUGUUUGGUGUGUGGCAGGAAGCGUUAGUAGGCUAAACCAAACAAACAAAGUAAAGCAAAGCAAAAACCAAUCUACAUGAAACAGCAGCAGUAUGCAAAAUGGAAAAAUAGCAGCAGCAAGAAGCUUAUUAGUAAGGAAUUUGUUUUUAAAGUUUUUCUUCAUUCUUUGUCCAAAACAAAACUAACGAAACACACACACACAAACAAAUGCCCGCACAUUUAGCUAGCUAGCUGGAGGAGUUUCCCUCCCGUAUAAACUUCAUAUAUUUAAUCGAAAAUAGGGAGCCCACCCGGUCGCGCAUACACAUUGUUUCAAACUUCAAACCUUACCUUCGUCUUGUAAUAAGCAUUUAUCUUAAGUUUUGUUAGUCUCCCUUCGCCGUGGUAAAAGUUUUGCAGUCGGUCAACAAAGUCGGUAAACGAUUCAACAUUGGUAGAAUAAAACAAAAACAAACUCCCCCACGAGGUUCCCCCCAUCAUAGGAUUAACAAACAUACACAAAGAAAAAAACCCCAACACAGACACACACAUACACACGUUUUACACAUAGAAAAGGACGCAAUUACGCGAUAUGGUUCGUUUGUUUCCGUUUGUUCUCAAAAAUCCACACCCACAGCCCACUAAGAUCGGCGUGUUUGAUUCGCUUAAAAGUCUUGCCUUUUUUUUCGUCUUUCACCGCAAAGAUCAUCAUCAGUUAAGAAACACAUUAAUGUAAGAAACGAAGCGAGAGAGCGAUGCAAAUGCAGAGCAUAAACAGCCCCAGUUCCCCUUGAUUAAACCGUGAAAAAAAUACGAAAACCGAGGACCACCAGAAGCAGUCGAAAGGGGUACGGAAAUGAUAUAUCCAUUUCAAAAGCGACCAAGCAGAGAGUCGCUCCCCAACAUUUGCCAUCUUUGAAGCCAUGGCGUAUGGCUUUACUGCCUGUUAAGCUAAGCGUGUAACAGAAAUUGCACUCGUAUCAGAAUCAGGUUCGACUGGAGAAAAAAAAAACAAACCCGUUACUUCAAACAUACAAAUUUCAAAUUCAAAUUGGCAGUUGCAAAUCGUCAACACCACCAGCGAUGAAUCAGUGCAGAAAACGUUUUCGGGCAUUAUGUUUUUGUGUUUUAACUCUUCAUAAAGAAAACACCACAAGGGAUAGGAAGUAACGUUGGUACGCUGUACGAUGCAUUACAGUAUGAGUUGAUUCUUGUUAAACAACAGUCGACAAGCAAGAACGGAUGCCUGUGAGCACUGACAAACAACAAAUGGAUAGUAAAGAGGAGAAAGUCAAAAAGAGCUGAAAAAAACAGUCAAAAGAAAGCAAAUGGCGAAAAUGGAAAAAAAUGCUCCCCGAUUGAAAAAAAAAAAGCAGGGAGGAAACUAUAAGGUUCAUUACUUUACCGAGAGUUCGAAACACUUCCGCAAGUGACUGAAUGAGGCAAACCACCACAAUCACACAAACAGCCACACCGUUACACAUGCAUACAUACAUACAAACACUCAACAGCACAGGACAGGACAGGGGCGAAUGGAGUCGCUCCUACCCGGAAGGGCAGGCAGCAGAGUUUGUAAGGGAGCCAGAAGCGGAUGCGUUUUAGCGUAAGGGCAGUUAAGAGGGAACGGGAAGUGGGGUAGGCCAAGGCGCAGGAUUAGCAAGGCAGGCAAGGCAGGGCAGACAGGGCAGGCGGGCAGGCGCACGGACCUGCAGGAGAUUAGUUAGGGAAGGACAGAAAUAAAAGGAAAAGAUCAACCACCUUUGUAACUGCUCUAUAUACGAAAGAAAAACUAAAAAUAAAAAAUAAAUGUUAUAAUAA